UGCUUUAAGUGCUGAUUACUGAUUGACCUUGUAUUAUGAGCCGCAGUUCCGCGUACCUCAUGCGAAGGUGGAGCGAAUUUCACAAACAUCAAAUUUUGUUUCCCUGUGGCGUGAUCUUCCUGAAGAAUUGGCUUCGUUAUAACAUUUCGCGCAAAGUAUGGGCUGGCCUUAACUAAUUAUUCGACAUGAAUUCAACCAAUAACCGACGAAAUAUUGACUUGCCCAAGCCUCGAGAACGGUUUUGCUUCGUGUCCGCGUGACCACUGCAAGGGUGCCUGAACGCACCCAUUUGUACCACGGGAGGGGAUCAAGUACAUGUGAGACGACUACAGUUGCUGAAGCGGACGUGUCAGAGUACAUGUAUCAACUGGCAAACACUCAGUUUCCAACUCAACGGUGUAAUCAUGGCGUCAAAGUGCUGUAAAAAGAUGUGCCAUUAUUUAGGAUUCAGCGGCGAACCUGUGCAGCGAUUUGUUCUACCCCAGGCCAAGUGGCCGCUAGCACCCGUCCUGUGGACCCUCUACCGUUGUUUCGUAGCCGUCUACCUCACUGUAUGGCUUGGUCUCAUUCUUAGUGUUUGGGGAGAACCGCCUUUCUACAGACAAGCCGAUGUCAAAGCCAAAUGGCUUAUCUACGUGUCCAACUGGUCUUUCCUCGUUCUCACCCUGUAUCUUAUAACUAUGGCUGUUGGCAACGUCUACUACCACGCUACACAUGGCUGCAAGAAUACCUCAGUGGGAGCGGAUAUAGAUCCUGAAUCAGAUCCGGAAGGAAUGAUACCCAUGUCAUCAGUGCAUUCACCUCGAGGUGUUCCUGUCAGCGGUGAUGACGGUGCGGAGCCCCUUCCACCUCUCCCAUGGUACUUCAAAUUCGCGUGGUUCUUGCAGGCCGUCGUGUACUCCUCUGGACUUUUCGUGGCUCUCAAUUUCUACAUCCUGGUCUUUGAUCCUGCCACCAGCACCCUACACGCCUACAACUUCCACAUUCACGGGGUCAACCUCAUUAUCAUAGUCUUGGACUUGAUCCUAGCCGCCACGCCCAUGCGAGUUCUCCACCUGGUCUACCCAUCAGCCCUUGCCUUCGUGUACUUUGUGUUCACGCUCAUCUACGAAGGCGUGGGUGGAUUAAAUGAAUUUGGUGGCACAGCGAUCUACGUAGGUUUUCUUGACUGGGGUGCUGCGCCGGUUACCAGCGGCAUCGUUAUGGCCAUUGUUGUGUUGGUGGCGGCACCUGUUAUCCACUUGAUAUUUUACGCAUUUUAUCGUAUAAGGCAGGCCAUAUCCAAAUGCUGCACUGGAUAUUGCUGGACCUACUGAGUCUUUCAUUGUUUAUUUACGUAUUACUUUGUUAGCAUUUAUGUCUGUCUUUCCCUUCAAAUUUGCUUUUGGACCAAAGUGGACACGAGCUGAAGUCUAUGUCUCAAUUUACUACCAAAGUCUUUAUCGCACAUACACAGGGUCAUUAUAUUAAUCUUAUGACCGUGGACCUUUAGUCAUUCAAUUCACCAACCCCAUUUUCUUUUGCAUUUUGUCAAGCGUAUGAGAUCGAAACGUGUUUGGAAAAAACGUUCCAUUUUUAACCUUUGUGCAAAUACACCAUGGACGAUGCAGAAAUCCUUUUAAGCCAGCGAUAAUGUCCAUGUAAUCCAGUUCUCUCGAUAUCCUUUGGUCUUACCAUUGGCUGACAGCAGCAUGGCCAGUUAUUCGUCCAAAGAUAAUUUGUCCCUGUCCAAAUGAAAGUCGUUGAUUGUCAAACCGACACUCUCCAAACAAAGUGGUUAAACUAAGUUAAUUCGGUUUGGUUACUGAUACUAUUAUAACCAGUAAUUUAGUCACAUCUGAGCCAAUCGGUUGCAUGACUUGUUAACAUGUUUAUGGGUUGCGAUAUACCGGUACGUGUAUUGGCUACUCUGACCAAUGAUUUGGUCUUAACCUCGUCAGUUUCGUUUAUUUUAAAAGCGCCCUCAGAACGUGACUUCAACCAGUGUGUGGAACUUGUGCAUGCCGCGCCUUGCGCCUGAGUAUAGUUUCACAAUCAUAAGGAACAGUAUAUUACACGAUUUUCACUGGACAAUGAAGAAAUGAUUUGGGGAAGAUUUAACAUUUGAUGACGCAACUAAAAGGUAGGAAUUAAGACGCAAGACAAACAUUGGAUAGCUGCGACCAUAUCUAACUCGGUACUUUAUCAUCGUCGGGUCAUUUCUCUUCAUUUUACUACGGAAUAAUAAUGCAGUUAGAGCGAGCCUUUAAUUGAAGUGCCGUUUCGUCUUUUACGGUUUAGAAUCUCACAGUUUCAGCCUCAAACCUAACGCUAUAACAGUGAGAUAAAAUCGUUCAACAGUAGCCUAUACAUGUACAUGGAUAUGUUUUUUGUAGUCCAUUUCGUGUCCGAUGGUGCUUCGCUUUGACAAGGAAAACAAUUGCCCGUCUUCAUAGGGCAGUUGGGAUGUUUAAUGCAUUCAUUUGUAGAACGCGGCAAACGAUAGGGGUUCAAGCAAAUCUUAUUGGUGGGAAGAUAUUAUUGAUUGGAUGAACCAACCAAAAAUGGUAUUAUUCACUAAGAAAAUGGUUCCACCAAGUAAUUAUGAUUAAAGUGGGGAUGAAAACCAAAUCUAUAAUUAAGAUGACCCACCGCUGUUGAGAAUGUGUUACAAUUUCAUAUUGGUAGCGUUUGACCAAAAAUGCGUUGUAAAACUUACCUUAAAAUGGUUGAAUGUUUGUAAAAAGUGGUAAAAACUAACUGAAAGUAUAUUGGUCAUUGUGACCAAAAAGUCGUUAAGACACAAAUUUCACAACAAAAUAGGUUAAAAGACCUCAAAUGUAUGUGUAUCGGAACAGGCAUUUCUUUCUGUCUUUCCUGUAGGCCUACAGAUUUGCUUCUUGGCCAAAGUGGACAUGAGCAAAUUCUUAUCGUCUCGAUUCAGAACCCAUUCUGCCAGUCUGGAAGUCUUUUUGGCACACACACAAGGCACAUUAUUCUUAUUUUACAAGAGAAAAAAGGGGGAAAUGGGUACAAACCAAUGUUAUCGCAUGCUCGAAAAUGAGCCUUGCAUUUCGUUAUUUUUGUACGGAAAUUUUUCUACGUUAUGUAAAAUCCCCUGUUCAGUGGUGAAAUGAUGCAUAGUGCUUUCGACUUACGUGUAAAGAAACAUUGUAAAAAUCUGUUUAUAAAUUUGGAACGUGCCGGGUUUAAUAUUCUUGAAAGAAUUAAGCUGUUUGAUAAUGUUUUCUUAAUGUAAUAUUGUGGAAAUAAAUUGCAUUUUUUCUCUGAAAUCCAA